UUUUCAUUCUCUCUCUCUGCAGCUGAUGGUGAAGAAUCUGCAGUUCGAGGAUGGGAAGAUGAUUGCUGCAGCACAGUACUUCAGUGCAGGAAGCAGCGCUGCUGUGGAGCUCACAGAGGAGGAGAAAACCUUUGCUGAACAGAUGAGGGCAGUCUGGCAGAGUAUUCUGUCAAACGUCAGUACGAUUGAAGACUCCACGGAUUUCUUCAAGUCUGGUGCUGCUUCCAUGGAUGUUGUCAGGCUUGUGGAGGAGGUGAAGCUCCGAGCCAGCACCUGCCAGCUGCAGAACGAGGACGUGUACAUGAACACCACGUUCCAGGAUUUCAUCCAGAUGUGCGUCAGAAAGCUCCGAGGAGAGGACGGUGAAGAGGAGCUGGUUGUUGACUAUGUGGAGAAAAGCAUCAACAACAUGACCGUUAAGAUGCCCCAUCAGCUGUUCAUCAAUGGAGAGUUUGUGGAUGCAGAAGGAGGAAAGACCUACAAAACCAUCAACCCCACUGACGGCACGGCCAUCUGCGACGUGUCCCUGGCCCAGAUCAGUGACGUGGACAAGGCUGUGGCUGCUGCUAAGGAAGCUUUUGAAGAAGGAGAGUGGGGGAAGAUGAACCCCAGAGACAGAGGCAGACUCAUCCACAAGCUGGCUGACCUGAUGGAGGAACACCAGGAGAGCUGGCCACCAUCGAAUCCAUCGACUCCGGAGCU